AGACUCCUGGCCUCCCAGUUUUUUAAAUGUUUUAUUGUUGAAAAAUCUCUGUCACUGUGAGUAUUCCUAGAAAGAAAGAGAGAGAGAGAAAGCUCCUCUGUUUUGUCUGCCAAAAACCCAAAGGACAAUCCCCCUUCCCUAAAUCCGUGAAACCAGGUCGUAGAACAGGACAAUAUGCUUUUAAGUAGAUACCCAAGACAAGACAAAACAAAAUAAACCUCCCACUGACAGAACCCUAAGCCAAACCCUAAAAUCCCUCUUCUUAGGGCAAAACCCCAUUUAACAAUACAGCAUCCUUCGCCUUCCCGCCUCCCCUGACUAUCCCACACAAGAAUAUAUGCAGACAGAGGCAGAUAGACGGACAGGAACAGACAUGAUAUUUACUCAAAGGAGAAGGAAGUGAGCUCAAAUGCUUGUUAGGAGGGAUGCAGAAGUUACUACAAAGAAACCCCUCAAGCCCCCUCCUCUGUACUUCUGUUUCUACUAAUUAUUUUCUCUUUAAAAACAAAAACUAUUCCUAUAUUUCUCUUUCGAUGCCAGCUGCUACUUAUUUUUACAGUAAUAGCUCCUCUUUAGCUGCCUCUUUAGCUAAAAAACUCACUCUCGCACCCGCACUGCCCUCCCGCUUCUAUUCAACGACUGCCUGCAGUGCUUCCCGUUGCGCUGUUGGGCUUAUAACAAAUACCCCAACCAGGUCAUGGGUGGUGGCACGGCCGGCGUGGUAUUGCACAGUGGCGGGUGGGCAGGAAGGGUCUGUUGUGACUGCUGCGGCUUUGGCGGCUGGUGAAGGUGUGCGGAGUAGUGGGGAUGGAGAUGAGGAAGGAAAAGGUGAAAAGAUUGAAAAGGGUGCGGAGGAAAAGGCCGCGAGGUUGAGUAGGAGGCAGAAGGGGACGGGUGGUGAUAUGGAGGGGAAUGCUGAUUUGUUGAUAAUUCCUGGUGUAGGGCCGAAGAAUUUGAGGAAAUUGGUGGAGAAAGGGUUCACAGGAAUGGCUGAGCUUAAGCAGUUUUAUAAGGAUAAGUUUCUUGGAAAAUCCAGCGAGACAAUGGUUGAGUAUUUACAGAGUUCUGUGGGAAUUAUUCACAAAAAUCAUGCUGAGAGCAUAACAACUUUCAUCAAAGAGAGCGUGGAUGAAGAGUUAAAGGAUUUGAAUUCUGAUGCAAGGCCCAAACCUAAGAAGCGACUCACGUUUUGUGUUGAGGGAAAUAUCAGUGUUGGAAAGACAACAUUUCUUAAGAGAAUAGUUAGUGAUACAAUUGAGCUACGAGAUCUUGUUGAGGUGGUGCCUGAACCCAUUGAUAAGUGGCAGGAUGUUGGGCCUGACCACUUUAAUAUACUUGAUGCUUUCUAUGCUGACCCAUCAAGGUAUGCCUAUACCUUCCAGAAUUAUGUCUUUGUGACAAGGGUUAUGCAGGAAAGAGAAUCAUCUGGUGGGCUGAAGCCACUCAGGUUGAUGGAAAGAAGUGUCUUCAGCGACAGAAUGGUCUUCGUACGAGCUGUGCAUGAAGCAAAGUGGAUGAAUGAGAUGGAGAUCAGCAUUUAUGACUCCUGGUUUGAUCCAGUUGUCUCAGUUUUGCCUGGGCUUAUUCCUGAUGCUUUCAUCUACCUUAGAGCAAGUCCUGAUACUUGCCACAAGAGAAUGAUGCAUAGGAAAAGAACUGAGGAAGGUGGAGUCAGCCUAGAUUAUCUUCGUGACUUGCAUGACAAGCAUGAGAGCUGGCUUUUCCCAUUUGAAAGUGGUAAUCAUGGGGUACUUUCUGUGAGUAAGCUACCUUUAAAUUUGGAUAAUGCCCUACAUCCUGAUAUAAGAGACAGGGUGUUCUAUUUGGAAGGUGAUCAUAUGCACUCAAGUAUUCAAAAGGUCCCUGCUUUGAUUCUUGACUGUGAAGCCAACAUUGACUUCAGCAGGGAUGUUGAAGCCAAGGAGAACUAUGCGCGCCAAGUUGCAGAGUUUUUCAAACAUGUGAAGAAAAUGAAGGAAGUUCCAUCUACAAAGGGUGACGGUGGUGUUAACCAGCGAAAGGUCGUACUACCUCAUGAAGGUGGAUUGCUUUUACCAAACGGAGCACACUUCCCCGAGUCUGCUCUCAAAUCCUUAGAUUUUACUCGGGCAAUGUCAUUCAUGUCUGGCCAGUGAUUGUCUGUCUGGCCCUGGUUUUCUUGACCCCAGGAUCACGUAAAGAGGUACCUGCGUGUUUGUCUGACAUGUCUCUGGAUGAUGUGACUAGUUUCUUUGUGGAUGUAAAAAUGGUUUUAACACUUAGGAUUUAGAGAUGUAGAGAUGGUUGUAUGAUUGUUGAAUGCUUUGGUAAUCCAAUGUUUGGUUGCUUUA